AUGUCAUACCACACUAGUGACGAAGAUGUUAAGCGCAUGUUCGAAAUGGCAACUGUCAAUCAGAAGAAUUGCUAUGUUCCAUAUAGCCAUUACCCAGUUUCUGCUGCUUUGCUCUGCAAGGAUGGUACAAUUGUACUCGGCGUAAACGUUGAGAACUGUUCCUAUCCAAACGGAUGCUGCGCAGAAAGAUCUGCAAUCUUCGGUGCUGUUUCUAAUGGCCAUAGAGACUUCGUUUCUAUCUUGAUCACUUCCAAGAUGGGUGAUGAUUUCAUCCUUCCUUGCGGAAUGUGUCGUCAGGUCAUUGCUGAAUGGGGUAAUUUAGAAGUUAUCUCGACAAAGGGCAACGGUGAGAUCAAGCGUUACCACAUUUCCGACCUUCUUCCUGAGGCAUUCACACCUGCUGAUCUUACUAAGUAA